AUGUACAACCAGGUAGUGGCGCAGGCAGCAGUGACCCACCUCCUCGAGUUGUGCAAGGCUGAAGGGGUCGACGUCCCGACCGACACCACGACCUGCGUCAUCCAGGCAGGCAAUGCAUUGAAUGCGACCUACCGCGAGGGCGAAUACCACUUGCAGGACGCCUUGACUGCAAUGAGAAAGAAAUUUGGGGUGGUCAAGCCAGAGCCCAAGCGACACAAGAAACUCAGGAACAGUCGCUCGAACCACAAGGUUCGUGAGGGUCACGAAAGCGAUGAGAAGCAUGCGGUGAGCUAUGACACACCGACACCACCAGACCAAGGGAAUGGCCAGCCCAACGACGACGUCAACGUCGACAAGGAUGGCAGGUCAACGGGCCAAAAGAAGCGCGAGAACCUCCCUGCCACUGUCCCGAAAAACCAGCCCCUCGCCAAACUCUUCACCGAGUUGGCCGGGUUCGAAUACAAGCGCGGGGACAGCCAAAAGGGAACAGCGCACAUGCACAUUGCCAAGAUAAUCCGUGCAUGCGAUGAAGAAAUUACAAGCGGGCAACAAGCCAUGGCCAUGAAGGGUAUUGGUAAGCCCAGUGCAGCCAAGAUCGACGAGUACUUGUCAAGUGGAAUGGUGCAAGAACUCGAGGACUUUCGUACUGGCAACGCGUAG